UCACACGUUUCUUUAUUUCUCUUAUUUUUUAUUUUCAUUUUAUGGAAAUUUAAAUCUAGAUCAUUGAUAUGCAUGGAUAUAUGAAGUUGAAGAAUCGUACAAAAAAAGUGUACAAUCCACAACCAUUCCGGGUGAGUGGGACGUGAGAGGCCUGACAACCGAUAGGCAUGGAGUUGCCGGCCCACCAGACUCACCUGUGUCUGCUAUCAAUGUAUAUCUACAUAAUAAUAUAAAAACCAAAAAACAGAAGGAAGCCAAAGACAAUAGUGUUAUUGUAAUUUGUAAGGACCAAGGAGAUAUUCAUGGCAGCUUCAAAAUUCCAAGCUUUGUGGAACCACCCCGUUGGCCCCAAAACCAUUCACUUCUGGGCCCCGACAUUUAAAUGGGGUCUCAGCAUAGCAAAUGCUGCUGACUUCUCAAAACCACCAGAAGAACUCUCAUAUCCUCUGCAAUUUGCUGUUGCUUGCAGUGGCCUCAUCUGGUCUCGCUAUUGCACAGUUAUUACCCCGAGAAACUGGAAUCUUUUAGGUGUUAAUGCUGCAAUGGCUGGAACAGGCGUGUAUCAACUGUCACGCAAAAUUUGGCAUGACUACUCUUCCAAGACAGAAGCAGAAAUAGCAAAUGAACAAGUACAGGUCAAAUAAUAACAACCACUUGGUGAAGACAAUUGUGAUGUAUGUGAGUAAAUAAUCUCACCAAACAAAUAAUACCCUUUAUCCAAAUUCGUAUUUAAUUUAUUGAUAGGUGCAUCCAAAUGCAAUAAUUGAAAUUA